AUGGCAACUAGAACUUCCAACGGUGCGUCUGGAGCGCAGGGCGCGCAGACUGCGGCGCAAGUGCAGCCUUGCAGAUACAAGACCGGCAAGACAUUGGGCGCAGGCAGCUACUCUGUAGUCAAGGAGUGCGUGCAUAUCGACACGGGAAGAUACUAUGCGGCCAAGGUCAUCAACAAGCGGCUCAUGGCAGGCCGAGAGCACAUGGUCAGGAACGAAAUCGCUGUCUUGAAAAGAGUAUCCAUGGGCCACAGGAACAUUUUGACGCUUGUCGACUACUUCGAGACUAUGAACAACCUGUACCUCGUUACCGACCUUGCGCUUGGAGGCGAACUAUUCGACCGUAUCUGCCGAAAGGGCAACUACUACGAAUCCGAUGCUGGCGAUCUGAUCCGUGCGACUCUUUCUGCUGUCGCAUACCUCCACGACCACGGCAUCGUACAUCGAGACUUGAAACCCGAGAACCUAUUGUUCCGAACUCCAGAAGACAACGCUGAUUUGUUGAUUGCCGACUUCGGACUGUCUCGCAUUAUGGAUGAAGAGCAAUUCCAUGUCCUGACGACGACCUGCGGAACACCAGGAUACAUGGCACCUGAGAUUUUCAGAAAGACUGGGCAUGGAAAGCCAGUUGACAUCUGGGCGAUUGGAGUUAUUACCUACUUUCUCCUCUGCGGUUACACUCCGUUCGACCGCGACUCCAACCUCGAAGAGAUGCAGGCCAUCUUAGUCGCAGACUACUCCUUCACACCAUUGGAAUACUGGAGAGGUGUCUCCCUUACUGCCCGCGAGUUCAUCCGCCGAUGCUUGACCGUCGACCCCGCCGCCCGCAUGACAGCCCAUGAAGCGCUCUCACAUCCUUGGAUCACCGAGCUUGGCAAGAACAACGCUGAUGGAGAGGAGGACCUACUGCCCACUGUCAAGAAGAACUUUAACGCGCGCCGCACACUACACGCAGCUAUCGACACGAUUCGCGCCAUCAACCAGCUGAGAGCAGGUGGUGCCGCUGGCAUGAUGGAUGGCCAGCGAUCCGCUGAACCACGGAGAGGAGCCCCUCAUGCCAACAUUCCUCAACCCGCGGAGGAGCCUGAUGACCCUAUGGAGAUCGACAGCAGAGGAAACGGCCACGGCCAGACUGAAGAGAUGAUACAGGAGCAAGAGCGGAGGAUUAGAGAGACUCAGCAAGGCCUAUGGGGCAAGCGAUGA